AUGUGGACUGAAUUUAUGCAAAUACAAAAUAAUGAAAAUGGACAUAAUAAUAAUGAUAGAAAUAACAAUGUAGAAACUGUAACAUUAAAUAAAAAAGGAAAUAGUCUUAAUUUAACUAUUGUACCAGGUGGUGCAGCUGAAGAUGAUGGACGUCUUAAAGCUGGUGAUCAAAUACUUUCGGUUGAUAAAAUUAUCAUCGAAUAG